CUGAUUUUAUUAUUACAGAUUUUAGCUCUGAGCGCCGUCUUGGCAGUGUCUGCGGCAGGGCUCUUGCCUCAGCCACACUACUCAUCUGCUGCAGCUGUCUCCUCACAGAGCAUCGUGCGUCACGACCAACCUCAGGCUAUUCACUCUGCACCCGUCGCCGUACACGCCGCCCCUCUCGCCUACCACGCUGCUCCAGUCGCCACUUAUGCGGCUCCCGCCCGUUAUUCCGCCGGCCAUGCCGUGUCCUCUCAAACAAUCUUGCGUCAUGACCAGCCCCAUGCCGCCAUCGGAAUUGCUCCCGUAUCUUACGCAGCGGCACCAGCGCACUACGCCGCACCUAUCAUCAGCCACGCUGCUCCCGUGACCAAGUUUGUUGCCACUGCACAGCACGAGGAAUACGCUCAUCCUAAAUACGACUUCGCAUACUCCGUUGCCGAUGGACACACUGGCGACAACAAGUCCCAACACGAGAGCCGCGAUGGUGACGCUGUGCACGGCGAGUACUCGCUCCUCGAGGCUGAUGGCUCAGUACGCACAGUGCAGUACACCGCUGACGACCACAACGGGUUCAACGCUGUAGUCAGCAACUCCGCUCCCGCGCAUCACGUUGCUAAAGUGCCCACACAUUAUCUGGCUCAUCAUUAA